CGGCUAAAACCUUUUGAAGGUCACUCAGGAGGGCGACCAUGACAAUAUAUGUCAAGGUCAAGGUCAUCGGGGCUGGCUCCCCUCAUCGGCAUAUUUACCUUAAAUUUUAUAUAUAUUUAUUAUUAAAUCAUGACAUAUAACUUUUCACAAACUUUGAUGCUUGCUGUAUAAAAAUGUAAAAAAGCGGGAAUUUAUUUAAAUAAUUAUAUCUGUUCCGACAACUAGAUUCAUUUUCGGGCAUUAGUGGAAUAUUAAUUAAUCGAUCCGCUUUAAGCCGUGAUCGCUAGUAGGUCUAGAGCGUCAACUUUAAGCGAGUCAAACAUAGAUCGAAAGCAGCAGAAUAAUAGCUGCAACAAACAAAAUUCUCGUGCUUUUCGUAGCUACUUGUCUUGAGCAACUUCGUGGCAUUAGAACACGGAGAAAAGGGUCGAACAAGUCAUAUUAUCGUGCCUCCGUUUCUUCUUCAAUUGUUGUUGCGUUCUUACAGUUGUUCAGUUCAACAUUAAUAAAAUAUAGUGAGAUCAAAUCUAUCGCGUUCUCAGUGUUCACGGACUCCAUCACACUAUUCCUUGAUACAAUGGAUAAAGAAAGUUCCUGUGACAGACACACCCUGUCAUACUUCCAAUACUCGGAUCUCCGAGAUCUAAGUGUUUUCCUGCAAAAUAUCAGAGCAAAAAAACUAUUAGAAAGAAAACUGCAACUUUUGUAUUUUUAUUAUAACAAAGUUAAAAUGACAUUCUCUGUGAAAGUUGAGAUGUCACAAACAGUACUUCAUAUUUUUCACAAUAAAAUUAUUAUAUUCUCUUAGCAACAGUAUAAUUUAUAUAGUUUUAACUGUAAUACACAUUUUAAUUAUCUUAUUUAAAUAAAUUAACAGGCAACUAAAAACUUUAGCAGAAUCCAACGAUAACAUGGAGAUGUUUUCAUGCAAGGAAAAUUUUCGUAAAUCUUUACAUCGAAAACUUGGUUCAGAAGAGAAACAAACAAAAAUUUCGGAGACAUGUGCAAUGUUAUCACAAAUUGGCUUGAAAGAUGAAGACAAACACAUUGCUUAUCCUCGACGCAGUUUAUUCACAAUGCAUUUGCUUGCUAUGACAGAGUAUAAUCAAAUAUGGAAUAUGAAUAAAUUAAAUUUGCUGCGAAAAAUGUCACCCCAGCCAGAGUUUGAACCUGGAGCCUCCCUCAUACCGUGCGGGCGUCUUUGUCAAUUCGACUGGGGCAUGUGCAGUGGUGACAAUCAUCGCAGCGAAUGGUAUACACCUUAUUUUGAUCCAAGAUUCUUCAGGAAAGACUGUGAGGAAAAAAACUCAAAAUUACGUGACGUCCUUGUAGAUCCUACAGUUAUUUGUCAGAUGGACUAUCAUACCACUAUGAAGAGUGAUUACCAGUCACCUUAUCCUGCAAAACCGAAACCAUCAUUAUCAUCGUUACCACCGUUACCGGAACCAUGGUUUCUAAAUCGACGCACUAUCGGUUAUAGUCUUCAAGAUUUAGAGAAACGUUGUGGAUAUUAUAUGUUUCUAGAUGAUGACAUGGAUUUUCAUCAGAGAAUUGCAGAUUUGAAGAUAAAAAGGGACAAACUUUCUGAGAUUUUAGUAAACAAUAAACAGUAAUAAAAUCCGAUUGAUGAAUUUAUAGGGUUUCGAAUGUGAUAAAGGAUGAUAAAGUCCAGAAUACGACUGUUUAACUUAAAUAGGUGUUGAAUCUGGCAAAGAUGCAGAAAUGAAUAAAACCGAUUAAGUUGCCAAUAAGUAAACCGUGCUCGACUCCGUAAGAUAUCUCCGUGAGACUCGCGCGUGUUCCUCUUGUAAGAGAACCGAAACCGAAAGGAUUUUUCCUCAGGACAAGGAGAUGGUAUGAAUGAAUUAAUAGUUGAUUAGUUAAGUAACAACGAUAUAUAUAUUUGUAUUCAGUAUCUCACACUAUCUCAGACUGACUCUCCAGAAACCACGACCGUUCUGGUUCCGUGCUCGUAAAAGAGUGUCCUCACUUUCUUUCGCAUUCGCACAUACCCUUGAUCGGGUUCUAGGGCGUUGUGUUUUUGUUUGUCGGAGCUCGCGGGACCGGCUGUUUGUCACACCAAACCGGUUGUCUUAAUCUUAAUAUUUAUGUAAUCUAUUAUUUAUAAUCGCUUGACGAAUCUUACACUGUCUCGAAUCCUUACCAUGAUAUUUAUCUCUUGCUCUCACUUAACGAUUAUUUUAAAAAUCUAACUUGCACUCCUUAGUAACUAGUAAUGUCUAUCCUGAUAAUAACCGUAUUGCUGUUAUUCACAAACGAUCUAUGAUCUACUCUCACUAAUUAUUCGAUUUAGAGUGCGUUCGCUUUGAACGCUCAGGCGCUUUCAGUAUCAGUCUAUUUUCGUUCUAUAGUGUGUAGAUUAACUGAUAUUUAUUGUACUUAAAAUACAGUGUAUACUGCAGUUUGAUCAGCAAAACCGACGGAAAAAGCAAAAAGACGACUCUAAUAUAUAACAAUGUCAUGUUUGUGUCGCAGCUCGAUCCCAACUAUCUAAAAAUCUCUUACACAACGCGUUACAUGCUUUUAUCAAUAUGGUACAUAAGAUACUGUAGAUACACAAACUAUGUUUGAUCGACUCAUUGGUAAUCGACAAACGCAAAAGAAAUAUCCUAUAGUUCUACAUUUAACGAAUGAAAAUAGAUAGAUACAGAGGCAAACUGAAAGGGUAGGUACUGUAGACGCCGCAUACUUCAAGAAAUUUAAAAAAACGUAUGCGCUUACUCUCAAGAAAUCAAAGUGAAAAAACCAAAUCAUGCAGGAAUUCCAUACGUUUUAGAGAAACAUAAAUUAAAGAAUAAUGAAAUUUUCUUAUUAAGCAUUUAUCUAUAACCGUGAUUCAAACCAUUGAAAUGUUAGUGAUGAACGACGAGAAGGUAUUAUUAAAUCGGAGCCAGAAAAGGAUAACCCGGCUUUAUUUUUUCAAAAAUUGUUCAAAUAAUUUCUUUUCAUUUUCAAAGAUUUGCAUAUGUUUUGUGUAAAAUG